AUGGCCAUCACCAGCGCCAUUUCCGACCUGCUUCACUUCGUCUACGAGUCCAUUGCGUCAGUCUUCAACGGCAUCUACAGCAUCAUCCACGGCCUACUCAGCACCGUCACUGGCUUGCUCAGCACCCUCCUGCACCUCGUCGGCAACACGGUCAGUGGCGUGGGAUCCGUGAUUGAAUCCAUCACUGCAUUUAUUGCCGGAAACAUUAUCAUUCUUGCUGUUGUCGCAGUGCUGGCAUUCUUCUUCCUCCGCUCUACUACGACAGGCCAGCGGGUAGUGCAGCAAGCCAAGGCUAAAUCUAGUUGA